UGCUGCUCUUUAGUCGUUAGCGAUUGCUUCCAGCAGUAACAGCGACGUCGUCUAGUUUUGAGUGAAAAUGAAGUGCUUUCGAAUGGUUGUGUCCGUCGUGCUGCUAGCACUGUGCCUGCAUUUGGCUUCUGGCGAAGUAGUGAACUUCCAGAAAUGUCCUGGUGAAGAAAAAUGUACAAUCCAUGAGGUUUCGUACAGACCAUGUCCGGAAGCUGCGGAAGGAAAUCCCUGCCUCGUAUACCGUGGAACGAAUGUGAGCAUAACAUUCGAUUUUACGCCAAACUUCAAUGCCAACGAGCUAACUGCUGAUGUCUCCUGGACUAGACCUCUAUAUGAUUUGCCCUACGUUGACAUGGAUACAACUGCCUGUAAACAUACAAAUUGCCCGGUGGUUUCCGGUAAUCGCCAAACGUACACCUAUGCAAUGCCUAUUAAGAAGGGGUAUUUUCUGCAAGAUUACGACAUCAAAUGGAAGCUGGCGAGCGAGAACGGAGAUGCUUGUUGCUUUAUUAUAAAGAUCAAGAUCGUCAAAAAGAAGAGACGCACUUAAGGUACCCUUUUCGAUGCUGAUGACGAAUGGAUGGGCGUACCGAAACAUUCAAUUACGUCAAUUAUGCUUUAUUGGUCAUCAAAGUGUCCACAAACAUCUUAACGACUAAAACCAUGCGUAACAUUGUAAUUGUUUCAAAGCGACUUGUAAUAAACCGGUAGAAUUUGUUGAAGAUCAAUAAAAACGGUGACAUCAAA